UAAUUAAAGCCCCUUAAAGCACGUUUAUCGUGUCUUUAAGUCAUUUCCUUCCAGCCACCUCCAGAUGAAGUUAUCACUUUGUCAAAACAUGAUGCAAACCCACGGCUCGGGGCACGGUGGGAAGCACACAAAAGGAGAGCCCAGUCCCUCGGCACGUUUGGGUGAGCUGUUUGCUAAAAGCUGCCGAGCCCACCCCUCCAAGACCUUUAUUUCCCCCUGCGGCAGCUGUCAUCUGAUCCCACGCUUUGGCUUUGAAUGGGGCUCUCUGAGGAUGCCAGAUGUCGGGAACAAAGAAGCUGCGCAGGGAAAAGCGGCUCUCGGCAGCGCUCAGCCCUCGCUCUCCUCCCUCCCCGGCUCCCUCCCUCCUUGCCAAGACUCCGAACCGCCUGGAUCCCGAGAGCCGGGCUCCUUGCUGGAUCUCUCCUUGGGAAGAUGCGUUCCGGGUUGCUACCAGAGAUGCAUUUCUGUAAGAAGAUCUUCGCUGUAGCCCUGUGUGUCUUAGUUUUGCUGCCGGAUUCGGGCGGUGCAAGGACCCUCUGGAAGCGCGCUCUGCAUCUGAAAAUGACGGAGAAAUACGAUGAUUAUGAGUACCCUCUUCAUUCUCACAGUUCCCACUACCAGAAGAACGACCGCUGUCCCCCCCCGCCGCAGACCCUCCCUGAGCGCGCCUGCGAGGUGCCGAGCUGCCGCUCCGACUCCGAGUGCGAGCGGCACAAACGCUGCUGCUACAACGGCUGCAUCUACGCCUGCCUGGAGUCUGUGCAGCCCCCACCAGUCUUAGACUGGUUGGUGCAGCCCAAACCCCGCUGGCUGGGAGGAAAUGGGUGGCUUUUGGAUGGCCCAGAGGAAGUCUUACAAGCCGAGGCCUGCAGCACCACCGAGGAUGGGGAUGAGCCCCUGCACUGCCCCACGGGCUACGAGUGCCACAUCAUCAACCCGGGCAACACGGCCGAGGGCAUCCCAAACAGGGGCCAGUGCAUCAAACUCCGUGGAAACCCAGAUGGACACAACCUGAGGCAUAAGUAUUACAAGGAAUAUUUUGGGAGCAAUUCCAACAAUGUGGUUGGCUAUGUGAAAAACCAGCAGAAGCAUUUGGGCUAAUCCAAGGUGUGCCUGGCUGGACCCCUCUGUCAAGGAAUGCUUUACCCAGCAGUUUUCUGUUUCGGAAGAACUCUGGUCCCAAAUCUCCACGAGCACAUCUGCCCAUCACUGAUAAAAGACUUCAAGGAACAGGAUGAGUCUAAAUUUUAACCUAUCAGGAGGGGGAGAAAUGUGAUCCCCUGAAGGAAACCACACUGUUUUUAUCAGCUGCCCUUCUCCAAAUGGAAUGUAAAUGCCUCCAAGGGAUCCCUGUAAGGCACAGUGCCGUUGUCAGGCUGCUGGCACAGAGCUGUGCCCUUUAUGUGCUUGUUGUGUCACCAAUUCAGAUUUCAUGACCAUGAACGAAACUCAAUUUUAAAACAAUGAAGUGACAUCAGAUUUUUACCUAAUUAUCAUAUCUAAGUUGCAUUAAAAUAGGUAAGACUAGGGAGGCUCUCUGGAUCAAACCCAGUGCCUGCCUCUCUUCAACAACUGCUUUAAAUAAGCCUUUUUAUAAGCUUAAAAUUCAGAGAAACCUGCAAGUUUCUUCUUUUCCUAUUUAUAUCUAUGUUUUGCCAGGUUUGACAUCCACUCUACAAGACUAAACUUGAAGUCUUAAGAAUUUGAGGAAGUCUGAGCCAGGAGCAAAACAGUUUUAUAAUUUCUUUUUUUAAGUUACCUUCCUUUAGCUUCUCAGUCUGGUAAGCUGCAGAUCAAGAGCUAAUAACAGAACAGAUCUCUUUCUACAAUAUCUAAGCAGCCACAUGUGUGUGCCAUACUUUGUAAGUUGCUGGUUUUAGCCAGCACAGAUAAUAGUCACAAAAUAUGUGGGUUUGUACCUGCAAAACCUCAGCAAAAGGGCUGAAGUCUGGAUUAUUUGUUGAAUGGACUAGAAAAGCAAAUUCAGGAUAAAUUUGUGUGAUGAAAAGGAUUGUCUGGCAGAUGGACCACUGCUCCUUAGAAGUCCUGUACCUUUAUGUUGACUUCCAUAAAUCCUUAAGAUCAAGUUAUUCGUAUUUGGGCUGUUCAGCUUCUUUUAGCUGUUUAGCACUACAAAAUGGAAAACACAUUUUUCUAUUAAUAUUCUCCUGUUCUGUGGCAGUUCUAAAGGGACAUUUGCAUUUAUUGUGACAAAUCUGCCAGAGUUGCUGGGCAGAAGAAGCCACAUUUCCUCCCUGUUUUAUUACAUGUCUCCAUCUGCGUGCAUGAAAUUAGCAUUUUAAUUUGCAGCGUAGUAGCAGUGUGUACAAAUACCCAAAUCACAAAUGCAAGUGCCUGCUUCCACUCACAAAACACAGGAGGUUUUUUUUUUUUCUACUCACAAAGUGGUUUAAGCCAAAGCCAAGAUUCCUAUAAAACACUUUGCAUGUAACAUUUGCAGCUGGAGAGAUGGAAGAUGCCAAGCUGCUCUUCUGUUUCCUAUCAUGAACAGGCACAGCCCUCAGUGCUUUACAGAGCAGAGGAACAGCUGAAGGGCUUCACAUUUUCCUAAACAUCUUCCUUUGUUGAUCUCCAUUCACUUCUUUGAGCCUUUUUUAAGGUGUUAGAUGUUAAAUGCAACACAAUAUUCAGACAGAGGUAUUUCUAGAAUUUUAUCAAAUACAACUUCUUAAUUCCUGCUCACCACUUCAUGUAUAUCUUAAUUCCUGCUCAAAGAGAGCAGUCAUAGAACUAUAGAAUGAUGGAAUGGUUUGGGCUGGGAGGGAGCUUAAAGCUCAUUUAGUUCCAUCCCCCUGUCAUGGACAGGGAUACCACCCACUAGAUCAGGUUGCUCAGGGCCCCAUCAACACUUGAUAGUUCCAAUCUCAAUUUAGGCCAGAAACUUGCUAUUUAUCUUACUGCAGCCUUGCUCCUCAGUGUUGCUCAGUGAAAUGGAUUGAUUUUGUUCAGCAUUUUUUCAGGAAAAAAUCAAAUUCUGAUUAAAUGGGCAAAGCCCUUCAGUCAUCGCUGCUAAGCCCCAAAGACGAAAUAUCAAAUUGUUCUAUUUUAAACUAAAAAUUUCAGUGUCUAAAACCUUGUGAGGAUCUAGUUGAAAAAACCUGUGUUGAGCAUUAACAAAUUUCAAAGAUUAAAACUUCAAAUCUCAACCUAAUCUUUCAAAGCAGCCAAAAAUAUGCUUAAUUUGAGUGGACACAGUCACUUCAGUGUCUGCUUUUUUGUAGCUGCAGAAGCACAUUCCUGACCACCUGGGUGGGAUGGUGCAGGUGUUUUCUGCUUGCAAAAGGGAUUUUUAAAAAAGGAAAAUUGACAAAUCAGUAAUUUCUUGGUGAAUUUCUGUUUACUGGGUGUUAUCAAAGCCAUCACCCUUUCUCGUGGUGCUACAAUUCUUGUUGUUUUUUUUUUUCAUUUUGAUUCAAGUUAUUAAUUGUCAAGCUCAGCAACAAAAGCCACAGAAGAGACUUGUCCAAGUGCCGUGUUUUCAACACUGACAUCCAUCACACACUGAAAUGAAAACACAGACCAAGUGGGUUGUCCUCAGCUUGUCUUCUCUCCAAAGACAAAUGUUUUAACAGCAGUUAAACCAGUCCCGUGCAGCACAGUAGGAAAUCACUGUUGUAGGUUGUUUUUAACGUUUCCAUGUACACUUUACAGCAUGUUUGGUGCUAUAAUAAACUUGCCAGGUGUCACUGUGUGCUAGCAAUGCCCAUGGCCCCCCUGAUCCUUGGGGAUCUGGGCAGCCCCAGGCAGCUCCUCCCUGGUUUGUGCCCCCCGUGCUCAGACGUGUCCCGGCUCUGCCGCUUCGGUGCUCAAUAAAAAGUGACCAGUCUAUUUUUCAA